CCUUCGUUGCUUCUUCAACUGUGCCCCUACACCGGAAAGGAGGGCUGUUUUCCCUCUCCGCUUCGCCCUCUUCCGCCCGGCAAAAAAGACAGGAAGUAGAGCUGCCCCGAGUUGCCGAGAUACCUCGUCGGACUUGCUGGCCGAAGCUGGCAGAGGAAGCCCCUAUUGAAGAGGAAGGGAAAGUGCUCACAAGUCUGGGCAGGUGUUCAUAAAAUAUGAGGGGCUACCCCUCUCUGCCGCUGCUAUACCUGGGAUUGACCACCUGCUUAGACACCUCACCCAGUGGGGAGCAAGACCAAGGCCCUGGAGUCUUCCUGGACUCCCCAGAGGCCCAGAGCUUUCUAGGAAGCCAUAGCCGGAUUCCACGAGCCAAUCACUGGGACCUGGAACUGCUCACGCCAGGGAACCUGGAACGGGAGUGUUAUGAGGAGCGGUGUUCCUGGGAGGAGGCGAGGGAGUAUUUUGAGGACAAUACUCUGACGGAGCGCUUUUGGGAGAACUACAUCUACAAUGGCAAAGGAGGGCGUGGACGAGUGGACGUAGCAGGCCUGGCUGUGGGGUUGACGUCUGGCAUCCUGCUCAUUGUCCUGGCCAGCUUGGGAGCCUUUUGGUAUCUGCAUUGCCGACGGGGUAGAGGCCAGCAGCCCUGUCCCCAAGAGGCUGAGCUCAUUAAUUCCCUAAGUCCCCUGGGCGACCUAGGCCCACCGACGCCCCUGCCUCCACCCCCACCCCCAGGCCUCCCCACCUACGAGCAGGCUCUGGCGGCCUCUGGGGUGCACGACGCACCUCCGCCCCCCUACACCAGCCUCAGGAGGCCUCGCUGAGGAGCUGUUUCCGAGCUGAGGUUCCCCAGAUUCACAGCGGAUUCCAGAGCCCCCAGGCCUCUUAAACUACAUAGCUGAGCUCGGGGAGUGGUGGGAGUUGGGGUCGUCCGGCCCGAGGCCUACCCUGGCACACGUGUUUCCGCCGAGACGGAUACGCGCAUAUCCCCGGCCAACGUGUUCCCUCGUCCCUGUUACUCGCGGGUUUCCAGGCUUUCCUGACUGUAGGGGGGGGGGGUACCCGCCAGUCCCGCCCCCGGGGUAGGCGUGCGUGGAAACUCAGACCCCGGCGCGUAGGCCGGGUAUACCCACUCGCGUGAGUGAGCAGGUGUGACAAGGCCAUCGCCCUACAAUGCCACGGACCACGCACACGCAGGGCCCUGCUUAUGCACACGCAUGUUUUCGUGCACCCCCGGUGCACGCUCGCAGGCGCUCUGGAACCCGGGGAAAGGGCGGGGGGCAUAUUUGCAAACGUGCUUUUUAGGGGAGGGCUCGCAUUGCACCGGGAGACUGGAGUUGAGCUCUUCUCGUAAAUUAAAAUGCUUUGUAAAAGAGACAAAGAGUGAAACAACGCAAAAAAAUAAAAAUUAAAUAAACU